AUGACUGGAGAGCAGCUGCAGCAGCUGCGGGGCCACGUGUACAUAUCUGUUUAUGACGACUUAAGCAGCAGCAGCAGCAGCAGCAGCAGCGGGGGCCCGCAGGUGCUGCUUGGCUACAUGCAGCUCCCGUGGCAGUCGCUGCUGUUGUCGGCCACAGAGGGGGCGUCUGACAUCGUUGCUGCUGCUGCUGCUGAGCAGCAGCAGCAGCAGCAGCAGCAGCAGCAGAAGCAGCUCUUCAGCAGGCUGCUUGAU